GCCGACAAAUCCCUUCAGGUUCCCCCAGAGCUGAGCAGCAGAAACAGGUGUCAGCAGGUUCUGAGUGGUUCUGAUCCAGAGGAGCCGACAGAAAGAUGACUCCGCCUCCUUCUCCGCCCGUCCCAAAGCCUCGGAGUCGCUACACGAAGGACAGUCGAAGCUCCACCUUCUCCCUGGACAGAGACGAGUCUGAGGAGGAUCCACAUCAGGGUUUGUUCAGUGGACUUCACCUGAGCACAGAUAAAGAUGCUCCACCCCUUUCUGCUCCACCUGUGUUAAAUCAAGAUGUCUUCCCAUCUCUAACCGGCAUAACUGACAUCAUUUCCACCAACAUUCCUUCCCUGGCAGGCAUUGCUGCUGCUAUUGUAGGCUCCGCCCCCUCAGCACCCCUUUCUGGAGACAGUCUGGUUCAUAGCGUCUCCACUAAUACUCCAUGUUCAGCAAACGCUGCUAACCCUGCUGCUAACGCUGCUAACCCUGCUGCUAACGCUGCUAACCCUGCUGCUAACAGUGCUAACGCUGCUUCUAACAGUGCUAACACUGCUAACAGUGCUAACACUGCUAACAGUGCUAACGCUGCCCCCUCCACAUCUGCACCUGUUACUGACUCAGCUGUUCCAAACUUGAACAGCAUCCUGAGUUUGAUGGCUAACAUACCCAGUUUAGCUGCAGUUAGCUCCACCCCUUCAGCCCCGCCCCUCUCACCUGGUGAACCCUCCUCUACACCUUUAGGAAGGAUCGGCCCUGGAGACACACCCACAGAUGUUGGAGUGUUGUCCCAGCUGGUGACCCAGUCUUUGGACCCGACCAAAGUCCAGUCUGAGCUGGUGACCCAGUCUUUGGACCCGACCAAAGGAGUCCAGUUAGCACCUGUAAAAGGUUCUGCAGAGUCCACAGAGGAAGUUCCAUCUCAGUGUCCUGCUGCCCUGAAACCAGAGGACCCGUAYGUCACAGUGGUUUCUCAUUGGACCAGUCUGGAGGAAGCUGACACAGAAUCAUCCAAUGAGGAGGAGGAUCCAAGGUGCAGCUCUGCUCCUACUGGAUUUGAUGGAGAUUCUGGUUCUGACCAGGUGACCAGAGGUUCGACCAAUCAUCCAGGACCUUUGAUCCCCACUCGCCCGGCCCCGCCCCCUCCUGACAAAAACAAGUCCGUGAGGCAGAAGAUUCCCAGGACAGCCACCAUCCGGGUCUCCAGGAAGAAGGGAAGCAGUGGAAGUCCAGUUCCUCAGAGUGCCGUGGUCCGAGCCAGCUGGCUGGAUGUCUGGAAGGGUUUCAGAUACAACGUUCUGUGGGCCACACUGGACGGUCAGCUGAUGUCUCUGCGUAAAAAGCGCUCGGACCGGUUCAGCGAGGUCUUGUUCCAUGUCUCCAGUAUUACCAACGUGAAGCCUCAGGACAAAUGUCACUUCUCUGUGUACUUCAAAAGGAAACAUUAUGACUUCAUGGCUCACAAUAACGAGGUCUACCAAGGUUGGCUUACGUCUUUACUGGCGACUCGAGGCCUGCAAAGCCCACCCCCUCCAGAACUGCAUGGACAAGUCACCAUAAAGGACACUCGUAGCCGUGCCUAUGCCGCUGUCUGGGGUCAUGAUCUGUGGAUUUACCCCAACAAGGACAGCUUCCUGUUGGGCAUUGCCUCGUUUUCCAUCCCCCUGAGCGUAGCCAGUGUGAAAUCAAAGGGAAGGCAGUCAUUUACUCUCAUCACUCCAUACAAGACCUUCAAUAUAUCUGUUGAUUCAACCAAGGAUCUGUCCAUCUGGAUGGACAGCCUGUCCUCCACUAUCCAAAGUGCUCUGUCUUGUAGCCAGGUGGCACUGCGUCUCUGGGAGAAUCCGUACAACAAAGUGUGUGGUGACUGUGGAGCCCCCAGGCCUGAGUGGGCUUCAGUCAACCUGCUGCUCGUCAUCUGUCACAACUGUGCAAGUCAGCAUCGAGCUCUGGGCAGCAAACUGUCGAAGGUAUGCAGUCUGAGGAUGGACAACAAGGCCUGGACUGAACCACUCAUACAACUCUUUGUUACCUAUGGUAACCGGCUGGCCAAUCAGGUGUGGGCUCCAGCUGUGCCAGCAACAGAGCAACUGUGUCCAGAGUCAACAGAUGAAGAGAGGUCAAAGUUCAUCCAGGACAAAUACAGCAGGGGGCGCUACAGACGAGUUCACACUCUGUCGUCCAGCCGUGCCAUGAUGAACCAGCUGAUGAAGACGAGGAGCUUCAUGGUAAACUGGAGGAGGAUCGUUUCCUCUUCUCGGUAGAAAACAAUUCAGCGGCCUGUGAUGUCCUUGAUCUGCGAGAAGUUCUGUCAGUCUUCCUUAAAGAUGGGCCAAAUCAUCAGUUUCAGCUGGUGACACUAAGUAAUCAGAUAAACUGUGAUGCUGACGACAAAGAGACUCUGCAAAACCACCUGCUUCCAAUUCUAAAGGUGAUUCUCCCAGGAGGCGUGUCUUAUGCCGAGGUGGUUGGAGCCUCAGCUGUAAGCAAAGUGGUUCAAGUGGGCGGAGCCUUGAAUCAUUCUGAUGCCUGGUUGUUGCUGUGGGAGGAUGGAGUCAGUCUUCACCCCAUCAACAGAAACACACAGCAGGCUGUGAGCUUCGAACUGAGCGCGCUCAGUCACCAUGAGAUGGACCUAUCUGAAAACAUUGUCACCCUGGCAACUGCAGACAGGAGUAUUUCACUGCGUUUUGAGGGUCAUCACAGCUGUGAAACCUGGUUCAAAUAUCUGCAAAAAGCUCUGGCCAAUCAGGACUCUGCUCCAGAGCACCCUCCAGCAGUCAUUCAGACUCCAGUUCUGUACCCGGUGAUCUCUGCAAAGCUGAAAGGCUCUGUCCCACCAGCCAUCGAGCGCUGCAUCUCCCACAUCACCACCUACGGUCUGAAGGUAGAGGGCGUGUACCGGCGCUGUGGCCUUGCUACCAAAGUGAAACAUCUGGUGGAGGCCUUGAUGACAUCACCAAACUCUGCCCCCCUGGAGAAUGAUGAGCAGGGGGUGCUUGAUGCUAGCUCCGCCCUUAAACAGUUCAUCCGAGACAAACAGAGUCUGAUUCCCAACGCAGACCAACGGCAGUGGCAGCAGGCUGCAGGUAUGAGAAAAGACCAAAUACUCAGAGUGAUUUCAGAUGAACGCAGCAGGUUUAAAGAGUAUAGACGGUUACUACGACAACUUCCUGAUGACAACAGCGCCACACUCAAUGCCCUGUUUGGACACUUCUACAUGAUUCAGGUGUUUUCUCAGGUGAAUAAGAUGUCAGCUCACAACCUGGCUGUGGUUCUGGUCCCAUCUCUAUUUCAGGAUAUGAGCCAGGAUCUGAUUGGUCUCAUGAGAGAAUUCAUCAUCCACCACACCCUGCUGUUCCUGACUCCAGAUAGAGAACACAGUGAGGAAGAAGAGAUCACUGUCCUCUGAUGAAGAUGGACCUGAAGCUUCAGAUGUUUUGUUCUCUUUUAAUCUUUGAAUGGAUCAGACUUUUUCCCGACCAUCAAACUGUUUUGUACUUAUUUAUUGUAACAUUUGGGCUUUAUGGUGAAAUACUUUUUUUCUUUUUAAACCUUUACUGUUUAAAAACCAUCUGAAUAAAGUUCAGGAAAGAUACUCAGGCUUUUACUCUGAGAAUAAAAUAUAAUCUUCAGUC